GGCGGUUUAAAUGGGAACGUAAACGUAGAGCGGCUCACAUCGAGGAAUGAACCCAAGUCUGCUGCAGGCUCUCCUUCCACUGCUGCACGCGUCAGUGUUGAUUGUAGAGUUUGUUGGAUUUAUUAGUUUGUCAGGAGGAAAGUGACUUCACUUCCACAACCGGUAGAAGAGAAAGAAGCUCAUCUUUCAGCGCUGAUGUAAAGCAGUCCGAGGUCAAAGGUCAAAGACUCCCGUUCUCCCAGCUACUGUUUGAACCCAAGAGCCAUUAAACAGGUACAUAUGGGGGAGGUUUCAGCUCGAGGCUCAGCCAUGGAGGGGGACUGCCUCAGCUGUAUGAAGUACCUCAUGUUCAUCUUCAACUUCUUCAUCUUUCUGGGUGGCUCCUUCCUGCUGGGUGUCGGCGUUUGGGUGCUGGUGGACCCGAUGGGCUUCAGAGACAUCGUGGCGGCCAACCCGCUCCUGUUCACCGGCGUCUACGUCAUCCUGGCCAUGGGCAGCAUGCUGUUCCUGCUGGGCUUCCUGGGCUGCUGCGGAGCCAUCCGGGAGAACAAGUGUCUCCUGCUCUUUUUCUUCAUGCUCAUCCUCUUCAUCUUCCUGGCCGAGCUGGCAGCUGCCAUCCUGGCGUUCCUAUUCAGGGAACAUUUAACCCGAGAGUAUUUCAGCCGGGAGCUAAAGCGUCACUACCAAGGACACAACAACACUGACGUCUUCACAUCCACAUGGAACGCCAUCAUGACCACGUUCGACUGCUGUGGCGUAAGUGGCCCCGAGGACUUUGAGGAGAGCCUCUUCAGGCUCCUCAGCCCCAGUAAGAUGGUCCCCGAGGCCUGUUGCCAGAGGAACAGUUACCCCGGAGACGUCAGUGUGGAGCAGUGUGUGAGCGGCAGCAUGGUCUUCAGACACAACAAGGGCUGUUACUCUGCAGUGGUGGACUACUUUGAGACGUACAUUUACACAGCAGGAGCUCUGGCCAUCGUGGUGCUGACAAUUGAACUCUUCGCCAUGGUGUUUGCCAUGUGUUUGUUCAGAGGCAUCCAGUAACCGCUGCGUCCACACGCAUCAUCACCAGCCGUCAGAAAGGCACAAGCAGAAGCAAAACAAAAACUGUAAAAUAUGGAAUGUAUUUUGUACAGUGAUAGUUUACGUGUCUCAUUGGUUUUGUGACAUCAUUUUGUACUUCGCAGCAGCAGCAGGGCGUUUGAGGUACUGCUAUAGUCACACACAGGAAGUAAUCCGCCCUCUGAGGAUGAGGUUUUUCUCAAAAGUAAAGGAUUAACACUGGUGCUAAGUCAACUUCUUCAAGCUAAACACUGAGGGCACACUGGUUUAUAGAUGGCCACUUCAGUCAGGGACCAAUCUGUGUCCUGGAAACUGGUCCCAAAGCUGGAAACACACACAAUCUAUGGCCCGAUUAUAACUUCAAGGUGGCCAUGAUGAUUGAUUUUUCAGGAUCUUGGAGGGUCUGCACAACACAGUUCAGGUACAAGCACAUGUGAGCCUCAGAAUAGUCAAAGCUGUCAGGAUUACAACAGAAAUGUGAAUCAACAGUGGACAUGAGAUGCAUAACGGGGCCUCACGCAAGAACAUUUUUUGUAUUCUCAUCAUAAACCUCUUUUUACCGCGAGGUUUGCUUAACUGCACAAAUUUGUUGUCAAUCGCAUCGUUUGAACGUAGAGGAUAUAGAGGUUUACUCCUCGACGCAGCGGGCCUUGGUCCGACUCUUACCUGCACCCCUUUGCUGCAUGUCAUCUCCCCUUUCAUUUCUUCAGCUGUCCUGUCAAUAAAGGCCUAAAAAUGCCCAAAAAUAAUCAUCUUAAAAAUAAAAACAUUGUGUCCUUAGAGCAGAGGUGUGAUAAAGGAGGGAUGGUGUGACAUGCGGAUAAAAAACCUCUUGAAAUCUUGUUAAAGCCACAAAGUUGAUCCUGGUUUUUGUCAGAAACAAACGUGAUCCAACAAGGCCCAGCGCUGGCCAAUCACAUCCCUGGUAGAUUAGAUGGACGCCGUAUUUCUGCGGUUCGACUCACAAUCGUCUUAACGAACAUUCAAAAAAGUUUGUCACCUCAUUCGGUUUCCGCCCCAAAAUGUCAAAAGUCAGUUUCAUCCGCGCGCAAAGAAAUCAACUUUGCGAGCAGAGUUUACCGCCGCGAGCACAGCAGACACUCGCGGGCGCGUGGUGGCUGCUCUGUGCGCGUGCUGCUUAGUUUUAUACGCGCAGGUGCCAUUCUCUCCCUGUUUAGUUUUUUACGUCCGCAGCCGCCUGUACUGUGCACUCUCGAUCGUUGAAUUGGUGCGCGAAGAGUGAUAUCUGCGUGUGUGAAAUGAUAUAAUUUGCUCAUGGAUGGAUGGACGGAUGUUUUAUCGUGCUUGCGAGAUAUGACUUAAAUCGGACGCCAUGCACCUUGGUCUGGGAGAGGGGAAAAAAAACACUCUGG